AUGACUGGCUUCUCUGCACUCGCCCUAGCGGCGUUUUCCUUCCUUAUCGCCGCCACUCAUGCGGCUCCGCGAGGCGGGAAUGGCUUUCGCAACUCGCGCAGCUCUACCGCAGUAGCAUCAAGCACGUUCUUGGCAAAUACAACCACCACGACAGCAGGCACUACCACGAUGGUGGGCGGCACCGCAGCAGCAAAUUCCAUAGCCUUGGACCCAAAUGCCGUGGAUUGCAAACUACAAGUUCCUGCCAAUGCCCUGAUUGCUGAGGGACUUUCAACACCCUGGGUGCUACUCCCUCCCUGUUCUCAAGCUGUUACUACUCAACAAGCAUUCGCCGAAGCCGCCGUUCUAGAUCCCCAAGGACAAUUGUCAGUCUACCAUCCACUGAUCAUUGACCAGGGGAAGACCGCUCAAGCGGCACCCGUCGUGCCGAACAUCGCCGAUGGAUCUCAGGUGAUCCUGUAUUUCGGGUUCAAUGGUAAUACGUUAACACUCGUGGACACACAUGGACAAGACAGCAAUGCAUCCCCAAUAUUGCAGAGCUUGAAGUGUGUCAAUGGUCUACCUGGAGCACAGGGGGAUGUGUUUGGCCAAGUCAGUUGGUGUAACACAGUUUCUUUCUGGGAGGCAACCAAUGCUGCUGUGGCAAGUGGGAAGUUGCAAGUCCCUCCCCUCGGAACCGACAACAACGGAAACCAGUGCAUAUCUAGCCAUUCCUUUGCCAUUGUUGACCAAGAUCAGUCCGACAACUUACCGACCAAGUACUUGCUGCUGGCUGAUGGGAGUACUGUUCAAUUUACUGCUGCCAACCAAGCCAAAUUUCCCACCGCCACAGAAAUCGACAAUGCCUCGGACGAGGCUCUGAUUGCCGACUUUGUUGAUCCAGUAAUUGGGUGUACGCCCUUCAGUAUUCCAAGCAUUGACGACCCUGGCACAACGGUGCCGUCCAUGGCCUCUCAAGAACUUCAAGCGAUGCUCCUGCAGAACGAACCUGCGGCCCUGGCCCCUCUCAAUGAUCCGGACACUCUGCUCACAUCAGACGGCCAGAUGAGCGCGACGAAGACCAAUGCUUAUCGCUUGGGCGUCAACAUGCCACCUUUGGGCAAUGGGGCCAAAACCGACGAUGGUUCACCUACAGCCUAUUGCAACAACCUGAUUGCCAUUCAGCCUCCUUUCCUGGCAAGUUUCCAGACUCAACUCUCAAACGCCCAGACGCCUGAUGCAACGGUUGGCAACAGUCUUUUCACUUUCCUGGCCAACCGAUUCCUGCAGUCUCUUACCAAUCUUAACUGCCCCAAUAAGAACAUCCCCGUCACCUGUACGCUUGAUGGAAACGGUGUUGCCACGGCCUGCAGCAUCACCGCAACCCUAAGCACCGGAAAUGGGACGACGAUCGGCCAUGCCGCCGGCAGUGGUUCAGUAGGCUCUACAGCCACUGAUCUUGCACCGACCUCUGCCUUCACCAUGACAACAAUCCCGAAACACCAUCUUCACAGCCACGGUUUUGGCGGGCACACGAUAGCCGCGAACCCUCAUACCUUCAGAGCUACAGCAGUCACAACUGCUGUGGCGAUGGUUACGGGUACUGGUGCAAACGCUGGAAAUGGCGCCGCUUUGUCGAGUCAACUCUUGGCUGAAACUGGAGCAGCUUCUGCCAGUCAGAUUUCUGCCGUUAACGCGACAGCUUCUACUGGCUCGAUUUCAGCUGGAAAUGGAGGAGGGGGAAAUUUCACUUCUACGCCGACGCUGAGACCCUUUAAAUCAUGGGAACCCCAGUAUUCUCAUGUAUGA